AUGACAAAUCCCAAUUCGAAGCUCUCCUCUAAGGGACUAGCUGGCUUGAUUGCAAUAGUGCUACUAUUUUCAAGUCUAAGACGCAAAAUCUUGUGGUGGUUGAUCUUCUCAAUACUACUAGGUGCAUACCUGCUAUAUCUAGCUCUCACGAUAAAACCUCAAAAACAAGGGUAUUUACGGAGAGUCAGGAGGUUCAAAUUCCUCACAAAGGCAAAUUGGAAUGCAGAGGUUGCUGCUUUGACCGUCGAUAGAUCGCUUCUUGAAGCUCCAGCUAUACCAGAGUCGUUUCUCAUUUCAGAAUCUCUUGACGACAUGUUCAACUUGAUUCUCCAGGAAUUCGUGGACUCGUGGUUCACAAGAAUUUCCUCCAGUCGGCUUUUUCAAGACUCGGUCCACUUGGAGUUGAAAGAAGUUGUUCGAACUUUGAAAGAACGCCUUGCAAAUAUCAAUUUGGCCAAUCUACUAGUCUAUAAGAUAAUCCCUCUUGUCACUGAUCACUAUACGCAUUUUGUUUCCACAACUAAAGCGCACGAUACAAGUUAUUCAAUUGAGAGCAAGCUCAUCACAGCUCAGAACUUCGGCAGAGCCCGUCUUCAUGAUGGUGUGUCGCUUUUACUUCCAGGGCCCAACCGUCGAACCAAGGAAAAGGCAUAUCUUCGACAUAAAGUGGGGUCAGUACUACCGUACUUACUCUCUGACCAAGAGAAUUCAAACCCAACCGUGUUGCUGCUAAUUACAGAAUUGCUUGCGUGCACUGUUCUAGCAAAUGUAUUUGAAGUCUUGAGUGAAGGUGAUUUCUUCAACCAGAUGGUAGUCAAGUUAAUGGGUGACAAUUUGCAGCAUCGUCAUCAAGUCAAAAGACUCCGUGCAGCCUUGGCUGAACAUACUGCUCAAAGUAAUCUGCUAGUUCUUCCGUCUUCUUUGCCAACGAAUUUGACUCAAGAAAAAGCUUCAUUGUGGAUGAAUUAUGUUGACAAUUGCGAGACAAGAGAUGAAGUUGUGCAGCUUCAGAAAGCGAUUCAAGAGAAGCAGAUUCUGUUAGCAACAAGCUCGGCUGGUUAUAACCCAGAAAAAGCACGAUUGUCGGCACUUUCCGAGAAAGUUAACGAAAAGCUAAACACAACAUUACCCACAACAGUGACCUUGGAAGCUAUUCUCAAUCAACCAAAACUUGCAGCUGUUUUCCGUGAAUACCUUAAAAGGGAAAAACAUGAAUCGGACAUUGAUCUCUGGCAGGCCAUUGAUCGUAUUAAAGCUCCUCUAGAAGUCUCUGAUGCUGCAGAGGUUCCACUUUUACUUGAGUUUUCUAACAAGGAUGAUAUUCUUCGAAUUUACUCAACAUACUUUGAUAAUCCGAAUAUUUUAAUCAGUGACGAAAUCAGAGAUAGCGUUACCUCUUACGUGAAAUGUGCUGAUGAUGAGACGAAGGCUGCCGAGUACCAAGAAGCUAGGAAGUCGCUCUUUUUGUUACAAGAAAACAUAGUAGAACACAUGAAGAACCACCAUUUUCGUGGAUUCAAGAAGUCAAACAGAUAUGGAGAUUUGGAAUUUGGAAAACUGGAUCGAAGAGUUCGCAGAGAAGCUUCUCUCUCUUUUGCUGGAAGAAAUCUUCCCUCGUAUCAUGACAUUGAUCUCGAAGAUAAUUCAAUUAGUCCAGGAGUCGUUUCGGCAGUUGCUACCGCUUUUGAAAGAAUCAUGAAAUCGUCGGGUGAAGAAAGUGAGUCAGUGUCACUUUUUGAGACUACCAGACAGCCGCCAAGCCGAAUUAUUUCAGAAUCAAGUACUGAGAGUCGUCAGAAUCUCUUUGGCGACAGCUCUAGUCUUUUUGAAGAAGCAGUUAAACUGGAUGAACUCAAUACAAGCUCCAACAGGAUGUCAGCACUCUUUGACGAGGGAAGUGACGAUGACUCUGGGCCCGAGUCGGUCAAUUCUGAUUCAUUACUGCUGUCCACAGAGUUGCCAGAUAUCAAAUUGGGCAGCCUGGAGAUUCUACUCGCAGCACCUGGAGAUUUAAGCCUAUCCGAGAAGAUCGCAACUUUGGAUAAGAAUAUCGAGAACCUCACUGAACAAGAUAAUAUUUUAGCUUCAUUGCUCAGGAAGGCAGAGCUAACAAACAAUGUUCCCGAACUUCGAGUUCUAAAGAAAUCUAAAGUUAGUGUUGAGAGAGAAAUUAGCGCAAAAGAGCUUCAGAGACAACAAUAUAUUGUUCAGGAGAACGAGAACAGUUUAUACGGAAAGUCCAAAGUGCAAAUUCAAUCAUGUGUCUUUGGUAACGACGAUACCACUCCAUACGUUCUCUAUAUUAUCGAAGUUCAGAAGUUUUCAAGUGAUGAUCCCAAUGAGGUCAUCGCGGGAUGGAUUGUUGCAAGAAGAUUCAGUCAGUUUUAUAAAUUGAAUGAGUACUUGAAGAAAAGAUGUCCAGAAGUUGCCAACAUUAAGUUUCCAAAGAAGACCGUUCCUAUGUUGAAGUUUCAGAAAGUACAACAGGUGGAACUCAGAAAACCGAUGCUUGAGAAGUAUUUGCAAUCGAUUCUCAAGAUUCCAGAAGUAUGCUCUGAUGCAGUGUUUCGCUCGUUUCUUUCUUCAGAAGAUUUUCUGCUUGGAAAAGGAACCAAGUCAUCACAAAGCUUUGAUGCAUUCUUCAACAAGUUUUACGGCAAGAUGAGUCAAAGAGUACCUUUGGCCACCACUAUUCGUCCCAGAAGUGAAAAGGAACAACAGGAAAUUUUGGCAAACAUUCAAGAGAUGGAGCGAGAAUUGAAGCAGUUUGAUGAUAUUGGAAAGGACAAAGCCAAAAUCCCAUUUGUGAAGCCUAUAUCGGAUUUACUCAUGACAAUUUUUAAUCUCAAAACCUCACAAAGUUGGUUAAGGGGACGAGCGCUUUUGGUGAUUUUGCAACAGGUACUUGGAUCUGCCAUUGAAAAGACAAUUACACAACAAGUUGACGCUAAUUGGAGACAAGAAGAGAAGGUAUUGGAUAUACUUGGAUUGCUUCGUCAAUUACUCUUUCCGAAUGGAAAAUUUAGAGAAUCUCCUGAGUUACGAACCAAAUUAGAACAAUCUACAACAAGAGAUGAAGCCAAUGUGAUUUUGCGAGUAUUCAUGAACGAAACGUGUGCAAAGAUUUUCGGAUUUAAGAAUACAAGCCAGGCAAGUAUUCAUUUAUUCGAAAUGUUCCAGAACGAUUUCCUCAAUAAGCUGUUGUUCUUCGAGAUACUCGAUGAACUCUUCUCAGCCAUAUGCAAAGAGGCAGACGAUGGACACGGAUUGGAAAACGCUUGA